AUGCGUCCUUCCACAGCUUUACUGACGCUCUGCUGUCUCGUCUCUCUCAUUGUGGCAUCACCUCUAGAUGCCUACCAAAGAAAUACCAUCAGUAUCCCGCUGAGUAGAAUAUCCGGAGAUACAACCAUAACAGAUGUUGCAUCGCCGGCCUUACUGGCAUGCCCGGGAUUGGAGGUACGUGCUAUAAAUGAAUACAACACAAAAGUAUGCUCAAGUAUCGAGGAAGAACAUUGGAUUAUUGGCGAUGUAUUUUUGCAAAACGUGUACACGAUCUUUGAUGUCGGUAACACUGAGGUCGGUUUCGCGAACCUGAAAUUGUGA